UGCGUAAUUUGGCAACUCUGAAUAAAAACCGCAGCAGCCGAUCUAAAAAUAAUUCCGUAUUGAUGUUGUGAUUUUCUUAUUUUAGCCGAUAAAAGUUUAAUUCAUUACGAUAAUGCCAUCAGUUUUACUAACAGACUCUAUUUCAUUAGAGCUUGGAGCUUUGGAACCUUGGCCUUCUGACGUCAAACUUUAUCAGCCCUAUGAAGUUGAACAAAUUCUAUUGCAAGAUCAAGCCAAUUCUUUGGCCGUCCAAGUUUUUCUGCGAAUGUGUGGUUUAGAAUUUCAGGUGGAAAUGAGAAGCAAUGCUGAGCAUAUGUCACCAUCCGGAAAAUUGCCUUUCAUAAAAUGUGGUGCCUUUGUAGUAGCUGAUCUUGACCCUGUUGUCAGUUUCGUGAGCAACAAGGGUAUAAAUCUUACAGAUCACUUGGAUGCUGCUCAAAAAGCAGACAUGAGAGCUUACAUGUCUUUAGCAAACAAUAUAUUAGGAAAUGCAGAGUUAUAUAUCAGCUGGUGUGAUGAAACUGUUUUGAAUGAAGUAACUGGUCCUCGUUAUGGCUCUGUCUAUUCUUGGCCUUUGAACACUCUGCUAACCUGGAGAAAACAGAAACAAGUAACUAAGAAAUUAACUGCUCUUGGCUGGAUUACCAAAACACUUGAUGAGGUAUAUGAAGAUGUUGAUCAUUGCUGUAAUGCACUAAGUGAGCGUCUAGGAAACCACCUUUAUUUCUUUAAUGAUAGAUGCACGGAAUUAGAUGCGGUUGUCUUUGGCCAUGUGUUUACUUUGCUGACCACACCCUUGCCCGACAAUAGAUUAGCAUCCAUUGUGCGAUCCUACCCGAAUCUGGUCGAGGCUUGCCAGUUCCUUGAGAAGACUUACUUCCAGAAACCAACCGCCAAGACAACGGACGAUGACAGCGAUAAUUUUGACUAAGUUCAAAUAGUGUAGAAAAAGUUGUAAAGUUUACAAUAGCCCCAUACUUCUGAGAUUUACACGCUAUUAUAUUUCA